AUGGACGUCACCGCCCCUCACACACUCCCACUGGCAGAGGUCAGCCAUUUUGAAGAAUGGUUUAGAAUAGCUAUGACGUGGAAAACGGGAAAGAUUUACAGAUGUGUAUCCCCAGCCAAAGAAAAAAAGUUCGAUGGGAGCAAGGGAGAACUGGUAGGACUCUUAACACCGCCGGCUUCUCCCUUGAAGCCAAAGUCUCCAUAUUUCUUGGACUCUCCAGUGUCGACCCGAAAAAGCUCGAUCACAUCUUCUCUGGUCUCUCCUAUUUCUGAAUCAUCGUCGUUGGCCCCACUGUGCCUGACGCCACCAAUGUCUACUUCGUCACAGGCAGCUGAUCUCCCCGCUUGUCCCAACUCGGCACCACGCUUACUUACCCCUCCUUCUCCUCCUCCAGAGAAAGCGCCAGUAUUCGAGAACGAGUUCUACGAAGUCAAAACUUCCCCAAAGGGCGGUCUAGGUUGUUUUGCCAAAGUGGAUAUUGAGUCUGGAACUAUGAUUCAUUCCGAGGAACCUUUGUUCUUAUCUUCAAUGGUGCAAAUCUACUACAACUUUGAACAGUUGACAGCGGAAAAACAAGCCGCCUAUCUGAAGUUGCAUUAUUGGCAUGGUCUUGCUGCUCACAAGAUUCUUGCAAUUUUUCAGACUAAUCGUUUUCAUGUACCUGGCGGCAGAUCUGGGAUCUUCCUGAAUUCUUCUCGUUUUAAUCACGCCUGUCCUGGUUUCUGCAAUUGCACUUAUGGGUUUCGUAAAGAUAUCAAUAAAAUGGUAUUCACAACCCUCAGUGACAUAUCAAAGGGUCAAGAAAUCACAAUUUCCUACGCGAAUGUACCCACUAAUUUGUAUCAAAACUACGGAUUCUUUUGCGAUUGUCCAGGAUGUCCUCCAGGGAGUUUCGCGUCUAAAAAAUGGGAAUAUGAGAAUGAUCUGAGAAGACAGGCGGAGAAGCCAAUUGACAACGCCGUCGAUCUUGAGCCGGAACCGUUUCUAGGGAAUGAAGUUGAGGAGUGGGAGAGUGCGAUGUUUGAGUGGUAG